AUGUUGUCAGAGAUCAAGGAACACAUCUGGCUGACAAACUGUGGCGCUGAAUCACUGCCAAGCGAGGCUGAUAACUGUCAACUUCCGGUUACCGUCACGGACGAAGAAGUGGAACGAGUUGUUACAAAGAUACCCAAGCUCGUCACGCUGAUUCUUAUCAAAACAAUGCUACGACAACACAGCUUUCAUUGGGAAAACAACGAGUGCCGGGGAGACGUCGACAGAAAGGAACAUUGUAAAAAAUGUGGAAAGGAUUUCCAAGAACAAGCAAGUUCGCGUCGUGUCUUUACAAUUAGCAAACAAACUGCAGGUAAAUAGCUCGAAUAGCUCAAUUUUUGGACGAUUUCUUGCAAUUAUUACCCUCCCCUAUGUGCUCUGAAAAACUUUCAGAUAAAUAUCUGUAAGCAGUCCUCUGUCUCUCCAGUGACGGAAGCGCCCAGUCAAGAAACAUAUGUGGAGGAACGUCUUAAGAAAUCUCUUAACUUCAAAUCGUAAGAUUGUCUAUUUCCUUAGUAACUUGUAUUAAACUAAGCUGCGGAAAAAUUGACGUGGUCUGUACAAGGUGGGAAAUUAUUUGUCGCGGCCACCACAUUUUACAUUUCUGAUCGAUGGUGAUCUAUUAAAAUAACUUGAUUUUAAUUAUUAUACAAGGGUCUCUUGAGAUAGACGACAGGGAUCUCUACAUUGUAUCUAAGCAUAGAAAACGAAUUGUAAAUGAAGAACAUUAA